AUGACCUAUUUGGUGGCCCACUACCUGUCAGCCCAAGCAGCUCCAAGCCAUGAGACCCCCAGCCAGUUCUUGCAGGGUCUGUCAUUGCCACGGGGUGAGGAAGCCUUCAAGCGGAAAGUGCUUUGGGGUACCCUCCUGGGGGUUGGCUUCCUUCCCCCUCUGGCCUUGGCAACGGGGACCUUCACCCUGGGGGUCCUGGGUCCCUGGGACUGUGACCCCAUCUUUGCCCAGGCCUUGCCCAAUGUAGCCGCCCAGCUGGCUGUGGACCGAGCUAACCGAGACCCCGCCCUGUUGCCGAACUCACGGCUGGAUUCGGUGCUCCUUCCCACCGGCUGUGACGCACCUCGGGCCCUGGCCACGCUCCUGGCCCACAAAGACCACAUAGCUGCGUUUGUGGGCCCUGUCAACCCUGCUUACUGCUCAGCUGUGACCCUCCUGGCCCAAGGCUGGGGGAAGACCCUCUUCUCCUGGGUGUGCGGAGCAGAGGGAGGAGGGGAGCUGGUGCCCACCUUGCCUUCAGCUGCCCAUGUGCUGCUGUCCAUCCUGAGACACUUUGGCUGGGCCCGAGUGGCCAUCGUGUCUGCCCACCAGGACAUCUGGGUGGCCACGGCCCGGCAGGUGGCCACGACUUUCAGAAUGCACGGACUGCCUGUAGGGCUGGUGACUUCUCUGGGACCAGGGGAACAGGGGGCCACCGAGGUCCUGAAGCAGCUGGGCAGCAUGGAUGGCCUCAAAGCUGUGGUGCUGUGCAUGCACUCAGCGCUGCUGGGCGGCCUGGAGCAGACGGCCCUGCUGAGCCUCGCGGUGGCCGAGGGCCUGGCCGACGGGCGGCUCGUCUUCCUGCCCUACGACACGCUGCUGUUCUCCCUGCCCUAUCGCAACCGCUCCUACGCGGCCCUGGGGGACAGGGGACCCCUGCAGCAGGUCUACGACACUGUGCUCACUGUCAGCCUGGAGUCCAGCCCCACCCACGCUGUCUUCACCGCUGCCCGGGCUGGGGGCGAGGGGGCUGCCCUGCUGGAGCCGGAGCAGGUGUCCCCACUCUUUGGAACCAUCUAUGAUGCUGUGAUCUUGCUGGCCCAUGCCCUGAACCGCUCUGAGAGCCAGGUGGCAGGAACGUCAGGGGCCCACCUGGGGAGCUACACAGGGGGUCUGGACGUGGAUGGCUUUAGCCAGAGGAUCCGGACAGAUGAGCAGGGCCGGAGGCUGGCCCAGUAUGUCAUCCUGGACACAGAUGGUUGGGGAAGCCAGCUGGUCCCCACUCACAUCCUGGAUGCGGGCACGUGGCAAGUGCGGCCCUUGGGCAGAGCCAUACACUUCCCAGGAGGGGCCCCCCCAGCUCGUGACUCUGGCUGCUGGUUUGACCCCAAUAGGCUCUGCAUGCAAGGUACGCAGCCCUUGGGCAGCCUCCUGGCCCUGGUCCUGGCCUGUGUCCUGGUGCUGGCUGGCGGGGCCCUCACCUGCCUCAUCAGGUUUGGUGUCCAGCAGCUGCGGCUGGUGCGAGGACCCCAUCGGGUUCUGCUGACAACCCAGGAGCUCACCUUCAUCCAUCGGCCCCCGAGCAGCCGGAGGCUGCACGUGGACAGCACAAGUGAGUCUCGAAGUGUGGCAGAGGGCGGGAGCCUGAGGUCAGUGGCCCAGGGGUCAAUGAGGAGCCUGCUGGCCUCUCAGGAGCCCACCAACGUGGCCCUGUACCAGGGAGACUGGGUGCGGCUGAAGAAGCUUGCUGCUGGCACAGCCCCGGAGCUGCGGCCCAGUUCCCUCAGCCUCCUCCAGCAGAUGCGGGAGCUACGGCAUGAGAAUGUCGCCGCCUGCCUGGGCUUCUUUGUGGCCCGUGGGGUUAGUGCCCUGGUGCUGGAGCACUGCUCCCGGGGCAGCCUGGAGGACCUACUUCAGAACGAGGCCCUGAGACUGGACUGGACCUUCAAGUCCUCCUUGCUGCUGGAUUUGAUCCGAGGUGUGCGGUACCUACACCAUCGGCAUCUCCCCCAUGGCCGCCUCAAGUCUCGCAACUGUGUGGUGGACGGGCGCUUUGUGCUGAAGGUCACGGACCACGGCUAUGUGGAGCUCCUGGAAGCACAGCGGGCCCCCUGCGCCCAGCCAGCCCCCAAAGAGCUGCUGUGGACAGCGCCUGAGCUGCUACGGGCACCCGAGGGGCUCAGGCGCGGCACUCUCAAAGGGGACACCUUCAGCCUGGCCAUCAUCAUGCAGGAGGUUCUGACCCGAGGCCCGCCCUAUGGCUCCUCAGGUUUCUCUGCCGAAGAAAUCAUCAGGAAGGUGGCGUCUCCCCCUCCCCUGUGCCGGCCCCUGGUGCCCCCCCACCACGGCCCCCCGGAGUGCAUCCAACUGAUGGAGCAGUGCUGGGCGGAGGCUCCGGAGGACAGACCUAGCCUGGACCAGAUCUACAACCAGUUCAAAAGCAUCAACCAAGGCAAGAAAACUAGUGUGGCGGACUCUAUGCUCCGGAUGCUGGAGAAGUACUCCCAGAACCUGGAGGACCUGGUCCAGGAGCGGACUGAGGAGCUGGAGCUGGAAAGACAGAAGACGGAACGGCUGCUGUCGCAGAUGCUUCCUCCAUCGGUGGCCGAAGCUCUGAAAAUGGGGGCAACUGUGGAGCCCGAGUACUUCGAACAGGUUACCAUAUACUUCAGUGACAUUGUGGGGUUCACCACCAUCUCCGCCCUGAGUGAGCCCAUUGAGGUGGUGGGCUUGCUCAACGACCUCUACACACUGUUCGAUGCCGUCCUGGGCAACCAUGAUGUGUAUAAGACCCUGGAAGAGGGCCUGGGACAGAGAAGGCGCUCAGGAAAGGUUGUGGAAGCAGGACUGGAGUCAGCAGGGCCAUGUGUGGCAGGCGUCGUGGGCCUCACCAUGCCUAGGUAUUGCCUCUUUGGGGACACCGUCAACACUGCAUCCCGGAUGGAGUCCACGGGGCUGCCCUACAGAAUUCACGUCAGCCGAAACACCAUGCAGACCCUGCUUGGCUUGGACGAAGGCUACAAAAUCGACAUCAGGGGUCAGACGGAGCUAAAGGGGAAGGGCUUCGAGGAGACCUACUGGCUGGUGGGGAAGGCGGGCUUCCCCAGAUCCCUCCCCACACCUUUGGACAUCAAACCUGGAGACCCCUGGCAGGACCUCAUAAACCAGGACAUCAAGGUGGCCUUUGCCAAAGCCCGACAGCGCAUGGCCAGGACCCGGAGCUCAGGAAAGGCCUCCACCCAGCCCUGA